ACGCCAAGCCCAGGCAUCAGUCCCAAGGGUGGCUGGUGUACUGGGCGGGGACGCUGACAAGGAAGGACAAUUGGGAGGCUGAACACUCUGUGGUCCUGAGCUUUCUGGGCCUGCCGCUUGUCUGGGAGCUCAAGGAAGGAGCCUCCUCGAGGCAGCAUGAACCUGCCUUCUGGGUCAAGAGUCCCGUCAGGGCCAGCUCAGGAGCCGAGCCAUGUGGCUACUGCAGCCUCAGCCAGCAGGUGGAACAGCGGCUCCAGCCUGGACGUACCGCCUCCUCCCAGCAGCCCCACGGCAGCCAGGGCUCCCACUGCGGCCUCGGCCCCCUUCCCCAUUGUCGAUGUCCCGGACCACGUCCACUACACACUGGGCACGGUGAUCCUGCUGGUGGGCCUCACGGGGAUGCUGGGCAACCUAAUGGUCAUCUACACUUUCUGCAGGAGCAGAAGCCUCCGGACACCGGCCAACAUGCUCAUUAUCAACCUCGCAGUCAGCGACUUCCUCAUGUCCUUCACCCAGGCCCCCGUCUUCUUCACCAGCAGCCUCUACAAGCAGUGGCUCUUUGGGGAGGCAGGAUGCGAAUUCUAUGCCUUCUGUGGGGCACUCUUCGGCAUCACCUCCAUGAUUACCCUGACAGCCAUCGCUCUGGACCGCUACCUGGUGAUCACGCGCCCGCUGGCCACCAUCGGCGUGGUGUCGAAGAGGCGGGCGGCACUUGUCCUGCUGGUCAUUUGGCUCUAUGCCCUGGCCUGGAGUCUGCCACCCUUCUUUGGCUGGAGUGCCUAUGUGCCGGAUGGACUCUUGACCUCGUGCUCCUGGGACUACAUGAGCUUCACCCCCUCUGUUCGAGCCUACACCAUGCUCCUCUUCUGCUUCGUCUUCUUCCUCCCCCUGCUCGUCAUCAUCUACUGCUACAUCUUCAUCUUUAGAGCCAUCCGGGAGACAGGCCGGGCUCUCCAGACUUUCGGGGCCUGUGAGGGUUCUAGAGACUCCCCGCGUCAGAGGCAGCGGCUGCAGAGCGAGUGGAAGAUGGCCAAGAUCGCACUGUUGGUCAUCUCGUUGUUCGUGCUCUCCUGGGCCCCCUACUCGACGGUGGUACUGGUGGCCUUCGCAGGGUAUGCACACGUCCUGACACCCUACAUGAAUUCAGUGCCUGCUGUGAUCGCCAAGGCCUCUGCCAUCCACAACCCCAUCAUCUAUGCCAUCACCCACCCCAAGUACAGAAUGGCCAUCGCCCAGCACCUGCCCUGCCUGGGGAUGCUGCUGGGCGUGUCGGGCCAACGGGCUCAGCCUUACACCAGCUACCGCUCCACUCGUCACUCCACAUUGAGCAGCCAGGCCUCGGACCUCAGCUGGAUCUCCGGGCGGAGGCGCCAGGCAUCCCUGGGUUCCGAGAGUGACAUGGGCUGGACAGACACAGAAGUCACGGCCACCAGUGGGUAUACCCAGCAAGUGAGCGGACGGUGCCCCCGAGGGCAGGACCUGGAGAGCAUGGAUGCCAACCCAACACCCAGGCCCCGGGGAUGGGAAACAGAGACUGCCCAGAAGAUCAAGGGGCUGCCCCUCAGCCUGAACUCCCAGGCAUAGGAUGCCCCGUUGGCUCUCCCUUUCCUCUGGGACACAUCCAGCCCCUCACAUGUCCCUUUGACACGCAGGCCAGGAUUGCCCUGUGAGCCAGCAGGCUGUGGAAUAUCCCUGUCACCUGAGGUUCCAGUCAGCUCCAGGCCCUCCCGGAGCCACCAGACUUCAGCUCCCAUCAAGUGAGGCUGCACAUCCUCUAAUGCUGCCAGUUCAGCCAGAAGACAGGACGCCGCCUCCACUUCUCAGGAGCAUCUGCAGCUCCUCGUGUGCUGCACGGUGCGACUGUUCAGGCAAUAACAGUGGGGAUGGCUCUGUGGGAAAAAUCUACUGUUUGGGAGCCAGGCCUCGCAGCCAGAUUCUGCACCCUGGCUGGGCAUAUACUGGCUGCUUCUCUCUGCCUGCAGUGCAAGCCCUGCACCAUGAGGCUCAGCUCUGGCCUCUUCUCCAGAGCACUGCCCAGCAUGCCACUUUGCUCUGCACCCACAUUUGUGCACAUGCGCACACAUGCACACACACCUGCAUGCAUGCUGAGCACACGAGCACACACUUACCCUGGUCUGUUUCAGAGCAAUGGUUGAAGCUCACUCCAAGGUUGGGUGACUGGCAGGGGAGGAAAAUAAAAAUCAAAGGUCUCCUUUGAA